GUAAUUUAUAAUUGAGUCGCGAGUACGCGAUAGGAAUCCGUGGCUCGCGUUCGCCCGAGUCCUUCCCUGGUUAUCCGGAAAACGUGAGACUUCCACGGAAGACGGACCUUCCUGAAGAAGACCGAUUCGUCUUCUGCACGAGAAGCGCAUACUGCAUUUUACACACGGCAUUUUAUUUAGAAUUUCACGUCGUGUAGAAAAGCAGACACAGAUGCGUACACAUAGCCGCCGAAAGGUCUGUCGUUGUGAAAAAUUCACGCGUCCCGAAAAGUCAGACGACAGGAGAAUGGGAAGGACGGUCAGGAACACUCGCAAAUUCGAGAAGUUGGAUUAAGCCUCUUGUUGACGUCGGGCGGAGCUGCGUUGAGGACAAGAGGUGCGACGAGAGACACCCAAAUGCAACGGAAAACCCCGUGGAAAAUAUACUCGCAGCGAUCGGAUGGUGCAGAGAAUGUAACGUCGCGUGCGGCGAGGGAGGUAGCACGAAACAAGAUUCGAGGGAGCCCAUAGUCGCGAGUGCAACGAACCGGGCUCUAUAAAACUGCCGUAUAAAUAUCAUCACGCGAGCCGCUAUUAAUCGCAACCCCCUCGUCUCGUUUCUUUCUCCCGCAAGAUUUCUCUCUGUCCGGCUCUCUGCUGGGUUCCGUUCGACCCGCUAAAACAGGACGCGAUCGUUCGCAUUUUGCAACGGCUCGCCAUUGCUCCACGGGAAAAGGAACGGCGUCGCAGCGCAUCAUUAGUCUCGUCCAAAAAUCCAGUUAUUCCUUUCGAACUUUCGGCAUCAGCGGAAUUACGUCAUACGUUUUCCUUAGCAAUUAAGGAAAUUAAAAGAAGAGGUGGGCGUAACGCGAAGACCAGGAGCACCGGGUGGAAAAUGAGAGGUCUAUCCGCUCGGUGGAAGUUGCGGGAAAGCAGAGAAGAACAAUUGCACCCAGUUACCCGGAGGAUGUAACGCGAGCCGGAAUCGUGGCCAGCGCCGGGUCCAGGGUCAACGUCUCGCGCGGCAAAGCUCGGCGGAAGCUUUGGCGUGAGGGCUCUCGGCUUGGAGCGUGGGACGCGCGAAAAAUAUGGGAUGGUCGUGGAAUCACAGGAAGAAAGAGUCAAGAUAAUCGCGACGCGAUUAGGGCCCACAUGUGCAGUGAUCACGGGUGGUCGAGGGAAGGCGGGAAAGAAGGUGGUCAAUAUGACUCCUAUCUUCCUCGUCGUGUUGCUGGCGAUUGACCCGAUUAUCGCGCAGAAUAACGGAAACAUCAGCGACUCGCACUACAUCACGUACAUGACAAGUCCGCCGACGAUCCUGGUGAAGCCGCAAUCGCAGCAGGUGAAGGCAGGCGGGAUAGCGAGCUUCUACUGCACUGCGGAAGGAGCGCCGCCGCCCCAGAUACACUGGCGAAAGAACGGCAAGAGAAUCUCACAAUCCCAGUCCCGGUACGUGGUGCACCAGUAUGAAAAUGGUGCUUUACUGCGGAUCGAACCUGUCAAGCCGUCGCGCGACAAUACCAACUACGAGUGCCUAGCCGAGAACGGAGUCGGCGACGCUGUUUCAGCCGAGGCGUCGCUCACCGGUUACGAAACGGAGAAUCUACCGAUGGGUUUCCCGAUGAUCACUCAAGCGCCGACGACGAAGGUGGUCGAGAUGGGCCACAACGCGGUCCUUCUUUGCACCGCGGUCGGCUCCCCGACGCCCAUCAUCUCCUGGGUGCGAGAUAUGCUGCCUAUCGACACGUCAAAUCCACGAUACACGGUUCUGGAUUCCGGUGCCUUGCAGAUCACCGAAUCUGACGUAAGCGAUCAAGGAAAAUACGAAUGCGUUGCUAACAAUUCCGUAGGCACAGAGUACUCCAAGUCAACUACGUUAUACGUAAAAGUACGUCGUGUAUCGCCAAGCUUCUCGAUUCCUCCACCGACGGUGAGCGAGGUGAUGCUGGGCGGAUCGCUGAAUCUCACCUGCGUCGCCGUGGGUGCGCCCAUGCCCUACGUCAAAUGGAGAAAGGACCCGGCGACCGAUCUGACGCCGGAAGACAACCUGCCGGUUGGCAAAAAUGUCCUGAUGUUGGUGGACAUCAAAGAGUCCGCCAAUUACACGUGCACAGCUGCCAGCGAUCUCGGUGUAAUUGACGCGACCACGAUGGUGAAAGUUCAAUCUCUUCCCGGCCCGCCGGAGAACGUUCAAGUGUCCGACAUCACUGCGACGUCGGUGAAGCUGAGUUGGUCCUACAAAGGACCGGAUGAGCUGCAGUAUUACGUAAUUCAGCAUAAACCGAAGCACGUGAACCAGGCAUUUGCCGAGAUAUCCGGUAUCACGACGAUGUACUACCAUGUUAGGAGUCUCAGCCCGUAUACGGAAUACGAGCUCUACGUUAUAGCCGUGAACACCAUCGGGCGUGGUCCCCCAAGUGCCCCGGUAAUAGUCACCACUGGUGAAACAACGGAAUCGACAAAUGGAGGUGCCAAACCCGGUACAGCGCCGCGGAAAGUUCAGGUACGGCCGUUGAGCUCCAGCACGAUGGUCAUACAGUGGGACGAACCGGAAACCCCGAACGGUCAAGUGACGGGAUACAAAGUGUACUACACAACGGACUCGAAUCAGCCCAUGGCAUCGUGGCAGUACCAGAUGGUGGAUAACAGCCAGUUGACAACCAUCUCGGAGCUGACGCCGCACACGAUCUAUACCAUAAGAGUCCAGGCGCUCACGAGCGUCGGUCCUGGACCUCUUAGUAUGCCGGUGCAAAUCAAAACACAGCAAGGGGUACCGAGUCAGCCUGAAAUGCUAACGGCGGUCGACAUCGGGGAGACCAAAGUAACGCUCCAAUGGAGCAAGCCCGCUCAUAGCGCUGAGAAUAUUCUCAGCUAUGAGCUGUACUGGAAUGACACUUAUGCAAAGGAGAAGCAUCAUCGCAGGAUACCCGUCACCGAGAACUACACCCUGACUGGCCUAUAUCCGAACACCCUGUACUACGUGUGGCUGGCGGCGAGGAGUCAGAGGGGAGAGGGUGCCACGACGAUACCGUAUCCGGUUCGCACCAAACAGUACGUCCCCGGGGCUCCGCCUCGCAAUGUAACCGGCAAGGCGAUCAGCCCGACUUCCAUAUUGGUAACGUGGGAACCGCCGGCCGCUGAACGCUCCAACGGGAGGAUCGCCUACUACAGGCUGCAAGUCGUCGAGAGCGGUCGCUCCGACUCCGAGGCGAGGAAUAUCAAACUGAAUGACACGCGUUUCGUGUUGGACGAGCUCAAAAAGUGGACCGAAUAUCGGAUCUGGGUAUUGGCCGGGACCAGAGUAGGUGACGGGCCCCCGAGUUAUCCUAUCUCGGUCAGAACUCACGAGGACGUGCCGGGGGAUCCUCAGGACGUCAAAGUCACGCCGAUCAACUCGACGGCGAUACACGUCGAGUGGAAGCCGCCGAAAGCGAAAGAUCAGAACGGCGUCAUACGGGGAUAUCACAUACACGUGCAAGAAGUGAGGGAGGAGGGAAAGGAUCUACUGAACGAACCGAUACGUCGAGACGUGCACGAGGACGGCGUGCUAGAAGUGAACAUCACCGGGCUGCAACCGGACACAAGAUACUCGGUGCAGGUGGCGGCGUUGACGAGAAAAGGGGACGGGGACCGUUCGGUACCGAUACACGUUAGGACUCCGGGCGGUGUACCGAACAGACCGCAGGUCAACGUAAAAGUCCUGAGCAGAAGCCCCGAUGUCUUGGAGCUCGAAUGGGGUCAGCCUACUCAAACCUACGGUAGCUUGCAGGGAUACCGUAUUCGAUACGGUAUAAAGAAUCAAACGCUUAAGGAGGAAUUUAUCGAUGGCACGCGUCAGCAUACGUACAAAAUCACGGAUCUUGAUGAACAAGGCGUUGAUUACGAGUUCAGAGUCGCGGGCAAAAAUGACAUCGGCUUCGGUCAAGAGACCGUGCGGUACUGGUUCAGUCCGGAAGGCGAGCCAACCGGGCCACCGACAAAUCUGUCGUACUUCUUUCAAACUCCCGACACUGUGUGCGUGACCUGGGACAAACCGCUUCGGCAGCACAGAAACGGCCAGAUAAUCGGAUACGACGUGCAGUUUAACAAGAAGAACGAUCACUCCACCACUAUAGAUAGGAACACGACCAACACGAGAGCGGUAUUCACCAACUUGGAGGAGAACACUGAAUACGUCUUUCAUGUGCGAGCGCACACGUUGCAGGGUAGCGGUCCGUACUCCGAGAAAAUCACGAUAAUGACGGAAAAGGACAUCGGCCGGGCGCCGAUGUCCGUAAGAGCCGUGGCCACGUCGGACUCCAGCGUGGAGGUAUGGUGGGAUCCGGUGCCCAACAGAGGGAAGAUCCUCGGUUACCAGAUUUUCUACACGACGACCGCCGUGGAGGAUCUCGACGAGUGGAAGAAGAAGACCGUCGGUCUGACGGAAUCGGCGGAUCUCAUCAAUCUGGAGAAGUACACGCAGUACGCUAUAACAGUAGCGGCGCGCUACAAGAGCGGUCUCGGAAGGCUCAGCGAGAAGGUCACGGUGAAGGUGAAGCCGGAGGACGUGCCGUUGAAUCUGAGAGCGCCGGACUCGUCGACGCAUACGAUGUUCCUUUCCUGGACCCCGCCCAUAAGACUGAUCCCGUACAAGUACAAAGUUUCAUUCGACGCUGUUAAAGAGUUCGUGGAUUCCCAAGGUAUAACGCAGACGCAACAAGUGCCCCGCAAGGAGAUUCUAUUGGAUCCCACAUCCACAAGUACAAUGAUAAACGAGCUGCAACCGUUUACGACUUAUAACGUCAACGUGAGCGUUGUACCGCGCGAUACCAAUCAGUACAAACCGCCGGCGAAGAUCACCGUCACCACGCAGAUGGCUGCGCCCAAGCCGAUGGUGAAGCCGGACUUCUACGGCGUGGUUAACGGCGAGGAGAUUCAAGUUAUUCUGCCGCAAGCUUCCGAGGAGUACGGCCCAAUCUCGCACUACUACCUCAUCGUCGUGCCCGAGGACAAGAGCACGGCCGACAGGCAGCCGGAUGAGCUGACGGAGGAUAUAAUCAGCGGGAAAGGUGCCAAGCAGGAAAGAGAAAACGCGCCCUAUAUCGCAGCUAAGUUCCCACACAGAGACAUUCCGUAUACGUUCCACUUGGGCAGCGGGGACAUCUACGAGGGAUUCGAGAACCGGAAGCUCGCCAAAAAUAAGCGAUACAGGAUAUUCGUACGGGCUGUAGUCGACACUCCUCGAAAGCAUUUGUACACGUCGUCGCCGUUUUCCGAAUAUUUGUCUCUGGACAUGAGGGAAGUACCUCCCGGCGAGCCACCACGUCGGCCGAAUCCCAACACGCCCCCGGAAGGAAAUCCGGAAGUUUCCGUAAAAACUAGCGGUCAGGAACCAGGGAUGGUAUGGGUGGUCGGUCCUAUAAUCGCGGCACUGAUGGUCAGCGUUUGCCUUGUGCUCUUAUUCGUCAUUAAAAAACGAAGACAACCGUGUAAAGCGCCGGAUCAAGCGGCCGUUACACGGCCACUCAUGGCAGCAGACAUAAGCUCCAAUCACGCGCCGUCGGACCCGGUGGAGAUGCGGCGACUAAAUUUCCAAACCCCUGGCAUGAUCUCACACCCGCCGAUUCCUAUUAGCGAACUAGGCAAUCACAUUGAACGCCUGAAAGCGAAUGACAAUCUGAAGUUCAGUCAAGAAUACGAGUCGAUAGAGCCCGGCCAACAAUUCACGUGGGACCAUUCCAAUAUGGAAGUCAACGCGUCGAAGAAUCGUUACGCCAAUGUAAUCGCGUACGAUCACUCGCGAGUUAUCCUUCAGACAGUUGACGGCAUGCCGGGCUCCGAUUACAUCAACGCCAAUUACUGCGACGGUUACAGAAAGCAGAACGCGUACGUGGCUACCCAAGGGCCGUUGCAGGAGACGUUCGGCGACUUCUGGCGCAUGUGCUGGGAGCUACGUACCAGCACGAUCGUGAUGAUGACGAAGUUGGAGGAGAGAACGAGGAUAAAGUGCGAUCAGUACUGGCCUACCAGAGGAUCCGAGACUUACGGACAGAUGACCGUGACCAUCAGCGACGUACAAGAGUUGGCGACCUACUGUAUCCGCACGUUCCAGGUUUGCCGAGCGGGCUAUUCCGAGCGGCGGGAGAUCAAGCAGCUGCAAUUCACAGCCUGGCCCGAUCACGGCGUACCGGAACACCCCGCACCGUUCUUGCAGUUCUUGCGCAGAGUCAGAUCCCUCAACGUGCCCGACAGUGGACCAUUGGUGGUGCACUGUAGCGCGGGCGUGGGAAGAACCGGUUGCUUCAUCGUGAUAGACUCGAUGCUGGAAAGGAUCAAACACGAGAAGAUGAUCGACAUUUACGGCCACGUUACGUGUCUACGCGCUCAGAGGAAUUACAUGGUGCAAACGGAGGAUCAGUACAUCUUCAUUCACGACGCCCUGCUGGAGGCGGUGAUUUGCGGCAAUACGGAAGUACCGGCCAGAAAUCUGCAUUCUCACAUUCAGAAGCUCAUGCAACCGGAGAUCGACAAUAUAACCGGCAUGGAAUUGGAGUUCAAGAAGCUUUCCAACAUCAAGGCCGACUCGACCAGAUUUAUAUCCGCGAAUCUGCCGUGUAACAAACACAAAAACCGACUGGUCCACAUUCUGCCUUACGAGUGCACCAGAGUAUGCCUACAGCCGCAGCGUAAUAUCGAGGGAUCUGAUUACAUAAACGCGAGCCUGAUCGACGGAUAUCGCUACCGGGGUGCCUACAUAGCCACGCAAGGCCCUCUGUGCGACACCACUGACGACUUCUGGCGUAUGCUUUGGGAGCACAAUUCCACGAUCGUCGUUAUGCUGACGAAACUGAAAGAGAUGGGCAGAGAGAAAUGCCAUCAGUACUGGCCGUCCGAUCGAUCUAUUCGCUACCAAUGCUUCGUCGUGGAUCCGAUCGCGGAGUACAAUAUGCCGCAGUACAUUUUGCGGGAGUUCAAGGUGACGGACGCGCGCGACGGGGCCAGUCGCACGGUCAGGCAGUUCCAGUUCAUCGACUGGCCGGAACAGGGUGUGCCGAAAUCCGGCGACGGUUUCAUCGACUUUAUUGGACAGGUUCACAAAACGAAGGAGCAAUUCGGCCAGGACGGACCGAUCACCGUGCACUGCAGCGCCGGCGUGGGAAGGACAGGGGUCUUCAUAACACUUAGCAUCGUAUUGGAGCGAAUGCAGUACGAGGGUGUGGUCGACAUAUUCCAGACUGUGAGAAUAUUGCGCACGCAACGUCCAGCUAUGGUUCAAACCGAGGAUCAAUAUCAGUUCUGCUAUCGAGCCAGUUUGGAAUAUUUAGGAUCCUUCGAUCAUUACGCCAACUGACAAGCCGACACUCGCGAGCAGAGGGAUCUGUCGAGGGACAAGCGAGACCGGCAACGGGGCGAGAGAGAUAUCGAGAGAGCAAAAGUACGACGUGUCUAGUACAAUAAAGUCGUAUGACAUACUCGUACCUUCCAAGGACAAAUACAGUAGUAAUGUCGAUUACUAGUGUCGUGGGCAGUUAAUAUAGAGAUAAAAUGUUUAGUCAAUGGUGUUGCAGUAAAUGCAAAUAUGCCGGAAAUUUUCACUUCUGACAUAUACAGCAAACGCUCGAAAUCGUGCUGGGAAGCAUUCGGUUUUAGGCUAAUCUCUUUUUAGAAACUAGAUUUGAAAGUUCCCUCGCCGUGACGCGAGUCAAAACUGCCGUUUUAGAAAUACGUACAAUACACGUGGUUGCACGGGCGAUCGUGUCGUACGGUGUCACGUAGAUACGUUCUUUCUUUUUUUUUUAAACACGAACGAAAAGAAGCGAACUUCUUAAUUUCAAGGUGUUCUACCGCGACGAGGAAUCAAUCAGCCAAGUACGACGAUGUAAUCAAAAUUACGAACCGUCAUCGCGUAGAAUUGUAUUCGCGAAUUAGUGAAUUGGAACAUAUCCCACUGUCAAGUCGAUUCAUUCGCAAAAGCAUUUUUUAAGGGUCUAGAUAAAUCUAAUUUUAAGAUAGACUGAAGAUAUAUUACGACCAUAUCUCUCCCACUCGAAACAUAGUGCAUCUUCUGUGCAUAGUAUCUCUUACAAACUGAGACAAUGAAGAUCAAAACCUUUCCUAUUUAUUGAGGCUAAGUGUGCUUCCUUCAAUAGCGAAUUACAUUAGGGGAACGAAAUGGUCUCGAUGUCGACAUUCAUGUUUGUGAGAGAAACAGGGUAUCGGAAUGCACGAUCAAUUGCAAUGUGUGAAACGCACAUCGUGAAAACGUGAGAACCUACCAUUCACCGUACGUGGCGUAUUCCACGAGUACUUACUAAUGUAGAAAGAAAAAUGGAAUCGAGGAAAAAAAAAGAAUCGAGUCAAGUAACUUUCUUUAGCCGUUACAAAAUAAAGAAAGAGAGAGAUGAAAAUUUCCGCUCACAAGAAACAAAAAAAAAUUGCCAUACUGCCAAAUUGACAAUUAUUAAUGCUGUACUCACUAUGAACAGUAGGGAUCUUCUCAUUAUAAUAAUGUUAGAUAGAUUGUAAGAAAUUGUUUUAAGGAUAGAUUAAGUGACGCCAUUAGGGAAAUGAGGAUGAAAGAAGGACCCGAGUGAAAGAAGGAUGAAAGGAAACGGUGCCUAUUCAAUGAAAGGUGUGCAAGUGAAUUUGCGCACAUUUCUAUAAAAGAAGGAAAAAAAACUAAUUUAAAUAGAAGCACUGUAUGUUGAAUUCGUGUACUGUUCUCCCGAGCCCUCGAUACCGUUAUAUGUACAAAGUUCCAACGUAGCUUCUACCUCGAAUAUUCCUAAUUGCCUUUCAAAUAUAUUGAAAUAGAUGGCCAUAUAAAUUCAGUUGUCUUUGCAUCGAUUCAUUGUUUUUCGGCUUACGAGUACCUUAUAUCAAAAUCAAAUUUACGCUGAGUAUUCAUAUUACACAUUAAAUCAUCGAUAUUUAUAAUAUAAAUAUCGUUUCUUUUUCAAAUGCCAGAUCAAUGCCAAGAACGCACAAUGAAGAACAUCGCUACACGAUAUAUUUGUUACGGUGAAAAUAAAUCCGGCAAGUCUGUAAAAUCUACGAUAAUUCUAUAGAAUCACUGGUUAUGUAUUGGCAAAAUUAAUAAUAUAAUUGCAUUUCCCUAAAAUCAGUGAUAUGAUCAAAAUAAACGCAUUAACCGCUUUGAUUUUAUUACCAAUAAACAUAUUUAAUUGGUACAUUCGUCAACGUGACCAGUGAUUUUACUGAAUCAUAUAUGAUUUUAUAAAGAUGCCAAUUAAUCACUUUUACCGUGACAUCCAUUUUGUAUAGUAAUAACGACUUCGGAUACAUGUAUUGCAAUUUAAAGUUGCAAGCUCUCCAGUUUACGAGGACAAUAAUUGUGCGCUCGAUUAUACCUUCUUCGAAAUCUUAUAUGAUAUACUGUUCGGUAUAGCAAAUGUCUUGUAGUUGACAUUUUAGAAAAUACCAUUUAAAAAAAAAGUAUACAUGUACAAUAUAACGCGGACGUGAGUCAUUUAAAUAAAGUAAUUUAUCGAUCAUAAAUCUUCUCUAGUUUUUGGCAUUCUUUUGGCUGCAACGAUUCUACUGUGAAAUACUUCUGAUAUGUUGAAACUACACGAAUUAAUGCCACACGAAAAUGCAAUUCCACGAUUUUAUACGAUUUUGCUCGAUACUCCCUAACUUUACCGUUAGUUAUUAUGGUUCGAGGGUUAGGAACUGUGACUAAAUGUACAUAAAUGCACCGUCUGUCAUUAGCAACAUUAUAUAAAUAUAUACAUAUUAUAUAUAAAAAAUGAUAAGUAAUAUAUAUAUAUACAUAGAUAUAUAUAUAUAUAUAUAUCAUAAGAGAUACGAGUGUGCAUAAAGACAUGAAGAUGUUUAAGAAGAUAUGGGUAUUUUCCAAACUAACGUGUUAAGUUUUAACAGAAAAAAAAAAGUGUAAUCUACUCAGUACGUUGUAUCCACCUGUAAUAUUUAAUUCUCUCAAUAUCUUUUAUUUACCAUUUUACACUUUUUUAAAUAUACUUUUUUUACGUGGUUUUUUAAAUUAUAUUUAUCGCGUUGUUUUAACGAAUGUACUUCUAAUAUAACGGCAACGAGCAGAGUGUUCCUUUAAUAUGGAUUGGAUUUUGAAAAAAAUUACUUAUUAGUUUAUGUUUUUUUUUUCUUUUGUUAACAAACUGAGGGCCAUCUCAUACAGCAUUUAAUAUGAUGUAUUCUUUUGUGCUUGAAAAAGUACUUACUAUUUUAUUAAUAUUUAUUUUAUUAAUAUUGAAAUGUAUGUAAUAUUAUAUAAGUCAUUACAUCAAAUUUUCACUGCCUGUUAAACCAUUUACAACUAUGGCAUUUUUCAUAAUUUAUAGUGUAAUGUUAAUAAUUAUAGUAUACUACUCGUAAUAAUAAUAUAAUAAUGAUAACGCUAGUUAUAAAAAUAAUUCUACGAUUUGCCUUAUGUCUCAAAGUUCAUUACAUAACAGUAACACUUUAAAUGGAACAUUAAUGACACAUUUUAAGUUAUCACGUUAAGUGUUUUUACAAUGGCAUCAGAUCAUUUAUUACGACUUAAUAAUAUUUGGCCUUCAGAAUGUAACUAUAAGUAGCUAUUUAUUUUAACGUGCAGCAUUUUAUUUUAAAGGAAAUGUAUAUUUAUACAAUAUUUUUUAUAUAAUUAUUUUUUUAUAAUUUUAAUUUAUCAGAAACAUUACUUUAGCAAAAUUCAUUUAUACUGCUCCUACUAAAUGUUUUUGAGCAAAUUAAGUUACGAAUAUCUUCGAACGGCAGGAAAGAAUUUUUUAAGAUUUUUUUUUUUGGUGCGCAUAAUUUCAAAGACUGUAAUCGGUAUUUAAACACUCACACUCUUCAAAAUAUUGUUAUUGUUAUACAUGGUGUAUGACUCGCUAAUGUUUAUUAGCUUACAAUAUACGACUGAACACAAAACUCAAAACGAUAUGUUUUAGAACAUUAGGAAUGGAUGAUAUUUGGACAAUUAUAAGUUGUACAUUGGAAAGUUUUGUCUGUAAAUAACACUAACUUAUUUUGAAAUAUUUUUAUUCCAUUAUUGUGCAAUUAAUUAACAUUUAAAGUUUACGAGGUUAAAUUAUUUUAAUUGCAAAUUUUGAUGAAGUAGUUCUUGAUAUGGGAACACUUUCUUAAGAAGGAAAUCAGUAGCUCUUAAACUUUAAAAGUCAAACGCCCUGUACACACACAUUGUGGUUUUUAUUAUAAUGUUCUUAAAAAGAGAAAAAGACUUUUGCUAAAAGUAACUUUCAAAUCAUUAUUAUAAGUAUUCAUCUGUAACAAAUCAUUAAGCGUUUCAUCCCCAUUAAAUAUUCUUCUUAGAAUAUUGUAAAGCGUGUUUAAGUUUUAAUAGCAUUAAACUUGGCAGAACUUUCGUGAGGAAACUUAUAAAUUUCGAAAUUUCAAUGUAAUUAUUAUCAACACAUGUACUUUGCCAACUUUCUUAAUGGCUUCACGUUCAAAGUCCCAAGCUAAAAUAUGUUACGAAAAAAAAAAACGAGAAAUUGAAUUAUUGUAUAAAUAUACUACUAGUUAUAAGUUGAUAUCGUUAAUCUAUACUCACUAAAAUUUACUGCUACAAGGAAGUCCACAAAAUAUUCGUACAUUUAUAUUGUAACGUAAUAAUUGUAAUGUUACACUUAAGUUUUUUGUAUAUCAUUCCUCGAAACUUUCAUGUAUGUUGUAUUUUAGUACCGUAACCCUUGUUAGUCUUUAUAAUUUUUUUAACGAUCUAAAAUGUAUAGCAAAACGACAAUGUGGUUUGUUGUAUUCUUCUUCUUGAAAACGUACACGACUCGCGCGUGUCUUCGGAGCAGUUUUGAUAAUAUUAAUAAAAUACAAUCGGCUGCUAUAAGCUCCGUGCAAUAUAGCGAGUUUGUUAUUGUGUAUAAGACCGCCUCAAAUUCAUCUGUAGAUGAAUCAGUAAAGUGACCGCGGAUGUCGCGGAUCCGAAGAAGAAUAUGAAUUUAAAGAAUGCAAAGAAUAAGUCAAAUACUAAAUAUCGUUGAAAGAAUGGGAAAUUAUUUUGUGAUACUUUCUUGCCAGAAAGAAUACAACAGGCUGAGGUAAAAAAAAAAAGAACAUGAUAAAUGCAAUGUUACUAAUUAACAACUAUACAAAAAUAAAUAUUGUGUAAUAGGAAGAGUCUGUUGACAAGAAAAAAAAAUACCGUGUACAUUAUGUAUUGCCUUGCGGCAUUAAUAAACUAGUACUAACAUAA